AUGACGAUAUGCCCCUCUAAUGUUGGGACUGUUUUUCGUCAUAUCUUUCAGUUGACGCUCAAUUGCAUGUCGUUCCAGUCGCGCUUCAUCCUGGCAAAGAUACCCAACCAAUUGACCAAACCAAUAUCCCGACUCUCCCUUUUCAGCAACCACUUCCCGCGAUCCCGGACCAUGGCAUCCUCCACGCAGAUCCCCAAGACAAUGAAGGGGAUACUGGUUGAGAAGACCGGAGGAACGGAGGUCUUACAGUACAAGACCGACUUACCAGUCCCCGAGCCCAAAGAAGGCGAGGUCCUCGUCAAGAAUGACAUAAUCGGCAUCAACUACAUCGACACGUAA